AGACCAAGCUGGCAACUUACUACAUUCCUUAGAGAUAACAUUGAAGCUCUACGUUGGCAAUCACCUCUUUAAUCCAUCCUUACUUCGAUCUACGAUGAUAUGGACUCCCAAACUCGUCUCCCCCGACCUAUGCGACCGCUUCAGCGGCCUGUAUCCUAUGUCUCACGAGCAUUAACCGCGGCCUCGUAUCCUCUACGGGGCAUCUACUACUUCUUACGUCAUCCGGCAUAUUAUCCUCUAUUCGCCCGUCGAUUGAUUCCGCUCUCCAUCAUGUCGUUCCUAGUAUACGCCAUCCUCUUCACGUUUGCAUUUUUACCUCAAUAUGCCUUCUUAGCUAUAUUUCACGGCUGGGGCGCGUGGAUCAACGCGGUGGUGCUAAUUCUAGGCGAGGGUCUCGUCAUUAUUCAAGGUUUAUUCGAGGGCUUCUUUGUCGACGAAUGCCGCGUAGAUGUUUUCGAUGCGACACUUUUGGAUAAUGGCCUCGAUAACCUCAUCGCGCCGCACCGACUCCUAUUCCCAGAUGCGGCGAACUCUGUCAAGAAGCUCGGCAAACCGACUAGCGCUGCUGUCUACCAACCGUGGAGCUUGGUUCAGAUCGUCGAAUUGAUCGUAUUUUUGCCCCUCAACCUUAUACCAUACGUUGGGACCCCGGCCUUCAUCAUAAUCACCGGUGCCCGAUUGGGAACAUUUGCACACUACAGGUGGUUUGAUCUACGAGGCUUGACGAAGAAGGAACGAAAAAAUGAGAUUAGAAGCAGGAUGUGGGAUUACACGUGGUUUGGCACCAUAGCAAUGCUGCUCGAGCUCGUUCCCAUACUAUCUCUCUUCUUCCUUUUGACUUCAACAUCAGGCGCAGCGUUAUGGACGGUUAAGCUUGAGAAGCAGACGAAAGCCCCAUCUAUUCCUGCUGUUCCUGCUGCGUCCACGGCGAAUUCUCAGGAACAUGACCCUGAUGAGCCUCCACCACCAUACGUGGAUAAUCCGGUAUGAUUAUGUAAUACCAGAUUGGGUUGAUUAUUGAUGAGUUACGUAAUCAGGUUUGAUUUUUGAUAGUUUGGUUCGGGUCAGAGAAUGCCAGGUGUUGUGUCAGACAAGCGAUGGUAGAAACAACCGAUUUAGUGAUCGGCUGUCUGUGUAAUUGCAAUUGUUGAUCCCAAAGAGUUGCAUUGAUGAUGCUAAACAUUGAUCUAGCUACGCUUUACAUAGGUACCUAGUUGGUAGGAAUGACUCCUCGUCUAGCUUAUCUUUUGGAAGUGUCUAUAUCUGUUUGAAGAGCUAACUCUAUUAUGAGCAUUGAUAUGUGAGGUAUGAAAUCCAUCCCAAGCAGCAUUGUCUUUAGGAGAACCGAUAUGGUGAUUCAAUCAAGGCUCAUAACUACCUAUCUACCUAGGUCAAUAGCAAUCGAUCAGCUAACCUAGCA